GAGAAAAAAAUACAUGAUUGGUUGGUUCUUUGCUUUGCUCUUCUUCUUCUCUUUUAUAGGAAGACUAGAAUACCGUAAAGGACACACCUACCGUGUCGUCCCUCUUUUUUGGCAUUCAGUUUCGUGCCCUAAAAUCCUUUACGAUUCGUCGUUUUUUCUGAAUUCUCUGAACCCUAAUCCGAUGGUUGUUGUUAGUUGUUGUUUGUCGGUUGUGGUCUUGAUCCUAUGACAAUCUCAUCUAUCGAUACGGUUUCUGCGAUGGAGCUGGCCCUAAUGUCAUGACUUCUUCGUACCCCUAACCCUAGAAUUUUCCUUCCAUGGAGGGCUCUGAAGAGGAUAUCGGGGCCCCGGAUUCAUGGGAAGUCGCAGAUUUGGACGAUAGCAUGAGGAGAUUGAUGGUCUCCUCCAAGAAGAUAUCCACGGCUUCGUCUCUGCAACGUAUUUCAUCCUCCGAGUUCGCUUCCGGUGAUGAUCAUCCGUCAGUUGCCACUGCUGCUGGUGUUGCUUCCUUGUCCGCUUCUGCUUCUUGUUCCUCUCUCGAUUCUGAGAGGAUCGGAGGGGUUUCUGAAGAUGUUAUCAGUCAGGUGGAUCAAUUCCUUAGGGAAGCUUUACAGAACCCUCGUGAGCGGCUGUCGAUUCUGAGGAUGGAACAAGAUGUUGAGAAAUUUAUUCGUGAUCCUAUGCAACAGCAAAUGGAGUUCCAACAGCUGCCUACAUCCUAUUUGCGCUUGGCAGCACACCGCGUGGCUCAGCAUUACUACCUGCAGUCUAUGGUCAUAUUAGACAACAAUUUACCUGAUUGCUCUGGUUCCAGGAUUGUUGUACGGAAAACUUCUGAGUGCCGACUUCCUCCAAUUCGCCUGGCAGACAUUCCUAUAAACUUACCACAAGAAGACAGCACAAAUGACAUUAAGGUUGCAAUCAAACAGAGACCGCAAAAGCGAACACAGGGGAUCAACAGUGCAAAUCUUCACGCAUCUAAAGCAAACCACUCAAAAAGUGUAGAGGAACGAAAAGAGGAAUAUAACAGAGCUCGUGCCCGGAUAUUUAGUUCUAACAUUAUUGGAGGCACUGUUGGAAAACCAGAAGGCGAGCUGACUGUGCAGGAUACUUUUCAACCCUGCUCCUUGGGGUCAAUGGGUGAAGAGAAAUCUGUUGCUGAAUACCCUGAAUCCAACCUUAGUAGGACUGUCAGUGAUUCUUCUUCGGGUAGCAGUAGAUCAGGUAGAAGUAGGACAGAGAAGGAGCCUGUUGGUAGGUACAAGGCCAACAACAGGGUAGCAAUCUUUCGGGAUCGCGAAGUCGAGCGCCAUGAUCCUGACUAUGACAGGAACUAUGACCGGUAUGUUCAAAGAUUUGAUCCUGGGUUUGGGUUCAAUGGAGGACCAUAUGCCAUGCAGCCCAUGUAUUCCCCUGCACUGAACUACAACACUGAAUUCCCUCAACUUGGAUCAGGUCAUAGGCCUCAAAUUUCGAUGGAUCACCAACCUAGGCCAAUUCCUCAACACCUACGUGGACCAUGGGCUCCGUCAAACCCUGCAGGAAUUGGCUAUGGUCCCCCAGAGACCAUGAUGGCCUCAUUCAAUCCAAAUCAUGUUGGUGCACACUCCACCUCAGCUAUCUAUCUGCCUUCCUCUCACUAUCCCUGCCCACGCCCUGGAAUGCCAUUCGUCCAUCCUCAUGAACAUAUGCAUCAACCUUUUGCUCAGCCUCAUCAGCAGCAAUCUGAAGCGAGUUUUGGAUUAGCCCGGCCCCGAUGAGGGGCUUGGGGCCAUGCCUGUGCCCUGCCAGUACAACGGCUUGAAUUGAACAUGAUAGGAUUCAACUGUGACAAUUUUGAUUAUCUCGACUGGCAGAGGUGCAGGCAUAAGAAUCUGAGGUUCAUUGGAGCGGGCACCACACCGUUCAAAACACUGGUUCCACUCUGUGAGCCUCGGUUUCCAGGGAUGCUUCUGGUAUCUUUAUUUAUGAAGCCCCCUAAUGUAGGCAGUCCUGUAGGGAUUGGACGUGCUCACAGGAGACAUGCUGUGACAUGAUGAUGAUGAUGA